AUGCUCUACGAUGGAUAUGACCAAUACAACAAUGAUCGCACCGAUGUUAUUGUCGUGUCUCGCUCAGGUUCUGAGGAUGAACCCGAGUCCGAGCCGCUGGCGAACGACUUUCCAGCCAUGAUGACACGAGUCCUUCCUAAGGAUCCCGAAUUAGAGACCGAAGCUGAGGCUUAUCAUACAUGGCAUAUUAAAGAUUGGCGGAAGCUGAAGAAGAAAGAGCAUGGACCUGUCUUUGAAUGUGGAGGAGCUCCAUGGCGGAUUCUCUUCUUCCCUUACGGCAAUCAGGUUGACCAUGCUUCCUUUUAUCUUGAGCAAGCCUGGGAAAAGGAGCCACCCGAAAAUUGGUAUGCAUGCGUCCAGUUCUCUCUAGUGUUGUGGAAUGUAAACGAUCCUUCCAUAUAUGUGUCACAUGUUGCCACGCAUCGAUUCAACGCUGAGGAAGCCGACUGGGGUUUCACUCGAUUUGCCGAACUGAGGAAGCUAUUUAAUCUGCAGUGGGAUGGUCGAGGAAUACCUUUGGUCCAGAACGAUGAAGCAAUGGUAACUGCCUAUGUUCGGAUCGUGAAAGAUCCCACAGGAGUUCUAUGGCAUAGCUUCCAGAACUACGAUUCGAAGAAAGAGACCGGAAUGGUAGGUCUGCGAAAUCAAGGUGCAACUUGCUAUCUCAACUCUCUACUUCAGUCAUUGUACUUUACAAACGCAUUUAGAAAGGCUGUAUAUCAAAUUCCAACCGAGGAGGAGGCCACAAGAGAAAACAGUGCAUGGACCCUUCAGCGGCUAUUCUUCAAUCUUCAAACAAACGAGAACGCCGUUUCAACCACGGAACUCACGGCAUCUUUCGGCUGGGAAUCCAGACAAAUAUUCGAACAACAAGACGUUCAGGAAUUAUGUCGGAAAUUGAUGGAAAGACUUGAGGAAAAGAUGAAAGGAACACCUGCUGAGAAGGCCCUUCCAGAUCUGUUUGUGGGAAAGACGAAAACAUAUCUUUCCUGUAUCAACGUAAAUUACGAGUCGUCUCGCGUUGAGGAGUUCUGGGAUAUUCAACUCAAUGUCCGAGGCAACAAGACCUUAGAUGACAGCUUCAAAGAUUAUAUUCAAGUCGAAACACUUGAAGGUGAGAAUAAGUAUGAUGCUGGUCCGCCAUAUGGCCUACAGGACGCCAAGAAAGGUGUGAUAUUCGAAAGUUUUCCUCCUGUACUACAUCUUCACUUGAAACGAUUUGAAUACGACAUCAAUCGGGAUGCCAUGAUGAAAAUCAACGACCGCCACACAUUCCCAAUGGACAUUGAUCUCAGUCCAUACCUAUCAGAAGAUGCAGACAAAUCCGAAUCAUGGGAGUAUCAGCUUCAUGGGGUUUUGGUGCAUAGUGGGGAUUUUAAUGCUGGACAUUAUUACGCAUUUUUGAAGCCCACUAAAGAUGGCCAUUUCUACCGGUUUGAUGACGACAAAGUUAUUCGUGCCAGCGACAAGGAAGUCCUCGAGGAGAAUUUUGGCGGAGAGUAUGACUUAUCCAACGGUUCGAUAGCUAUGAGGCAACAGUAUGCUAGAGGUUUGUCGACAAAGCGCUCGAUGAAUGCAUACAUGUUGGUGUACAUUCGGAAAACUCGAUUAGAUGACGUGCUGCUUCCUAUAACCACAGAGGAUGUUCCAUCACAUAUAGAAAGACGCUUGGUAGAAGAACGUGCUGAAUUGGCUCGAAGGAGGAAGGAAAGAGAGGAGGCUCACUUAUAUAUGAAUGUCGGAGUCCUUGAUGACACGACUUUCCAAGCUCAUCAUGGUUUCGAUCUUACCAGUUCUGACCUUCCAAGUGGAGAUCCGGCCCUACCCAAAUCAUACCGCAUUCUCCGUGCAAAAAAGGUUGGCGAGUUUGCGCAGGAGCUUGCUGAGGAGAGAGGGCUGGAUCCCAAGCGAGUACGCCUUUGGGUCAUGGUUAACCGACAAAACAAGACAAUCCGUCCCGAUCAGGUUAUUCCGAAUCCGGAUAUAACUAUGGAAGAAGCCUGGAGCCGACUUUCCACCAAGAAUAACCCUCUUAAAGUGUGGAUGGAAGUCGGAGAACCAGGGUCGGAUGGCGUGGUGUCGUGGCCGGAGUCUAGCUCCUCUGUCCUCGUAUUUUUGAAACAUUUUGACGUGCCUGCUCAGACUUUGACAGGUGUUGGUUCAGUGUAUGUUCGUAAAAAUCAAAAAGUGGCAGAUCUUGCACCUAUUAUUCUAGAGAAGAUGGGUUGGGCCCCAGGGACUGAAUUCCUACUUUUUGAGGAAAUCAAACACACGAUGGUUGACCCAAUGAAGCCUAAGCAGACUUUUCAUCAGUCUGAGAUACAGGAUGGAGACAUCAUUACAUUUCAACGAACGUAUAAAGAGGCUGAACUUCCUGCCACUGUAUUGUAUACAGAGACUCGGCAGUAUUACGACUAUCUCUUGAACAGAAUGAAAGUGAAGUUCGCUCCCUUGAAGAGACAGGGAGAUGAAUUUGUCCUCACCCUUAGUCGCAAGAUGACGUACGAGCAAUUUGCAAAGAAAGUUGGCGAGCAUCUAGGCGUCGAUUACAGUCAUCUUCGGUUUUCUCCUGUGCUCGCGAACAAUGGCAAACCAAAACAACCCAUCAAACGAACCAUCAACCAGACAUUGUUUCAGAUCCUAAACGGACAGUAUGGAAGCUACGGGUACAGCAUGCAUCUACCAGAUGCGCUUUACUACGAAGUUCUCGACACGAGUCUUAGUGAAUAUGAAACGAAGAAGACCCUGAAGGUGACUUGGCUCAUCGACGGUAUCAACAAGGAGACAACAUAUGAACUGCUUGUACCUAGGACCGGCACUGUAAACGACGUAUUAGCCGCUCUCCAGAAAAAGGCCGAUAUCGAUGACGAGUCAAUGCAGGCCAUUCGGAUCUAUGAGGUACAGAACGGCAAGCUACACAAGGAGCUUCGACACGAUCUUACCAUUACUGGAUUGAAUGAGUACGUGUCGCUUUACGCAGAGAAAAUCCCAGAGGAAGAGCUCAAUAUGAAAGGUGAUGAGCGUCUCAUUACGGCGUUUAACUUUGACCGGGAACCAACCAAGUCGCAUGGCAUCCCCUUUAAAUUCGUUGUCAAGCCUGGCGAGAUUUUCAAACAGACCAAAGAACGAUUGUCCAAACGGACUGGCAUCAAAGGCAAGCAAUUUGAGAAGAUCAAGUUCGCCGUGGUUCCUCAGGGAAUCUACCAAAAUACAAGAUAUUUAGAGGAUGAUGAUAUUCUUUCCGAUGUGGCCACGGAGGCUAAUGAUUCCUUGGGACUCGACCAUGUGAAUAAGAACCGAAGCUUUUGGAGAGGUGAAACAUUCUCAAUUAAAUAAGGGGAGAAACUCACAUCGGCGUUGUUGGGUAUGUACGCUGUCAACGGGGAGGUACUGGGUGCAUGUUUUGGAAAGAUAGUUUUUACUCGAAGGCUGCCACCCAGAGGAUUCAUAUAGCGCUAUCGUUAAAUAAGACAUACUUCAAUAUUCCAUUAUGGUAUUUAUGUUAUGGGUGAUAUCUUAUGCUACGGAAUACCUGGCAACCACUACCUCUAUGCAAAUCACGGA